CGCUGGGAUUUGACAGCUAUAUGCCGCGUGACGUCCUCAGCUCGCUGUAUGAAUCAAAAAUAUGGCGGCUGCCAUGGAGCUGAGAUGCUGGGGAGGAGACUGGGGGCUGCCCUCCGUCCACACCGACUCUCUCGUGGUCCUGGCCUACGCAAAAUUUUCUGGAGCGAAGCUAACAGUUUCCCCUGUAGACUGGACGUGGAAAACCCUAACAGCAACCGUCCCGGAGCUGGUUUGUGGAGACUCCGUCGUUCAAGGACCAACACAGAUUCUGAACUUCCUUCGGAAACGAAGGCUCAACGCAGACUACGAGCUGACAGCCAGACAGGGAGCCGACACAAUGGCCUACAUCGCUCUACUAGAGGAGAAACUGCGACCAGCUCUGUUGCACACAUUCUGGGUGGACGCAGAGAACUACAGCAAUCUGACGCGGCCGUGGUUUGCUUGUCGCUCCCCGUUCCCGCUAAACUUUUUCAUCCCGAGUCGUCUUGCAAGCGUCGCCCUCGCUCACAUCCUGGUGACAAAAGGAGAGGGGCUGCUGCACAGAAUCUCUGAGGUGGAGGGAAAGAUCUACAGUGAUGCUAAAGAGUGCCUGAACCUCCUCUCCUACAGACUGGGAACUGCAAACUAUUUCUUUGACAACUCUCCAACCAGUCUGGAUGCCUUUGUGUUUGGGUUUUUGGCACCGCUUCACAAAGCAGACCUCGCUAGCAGCCCUCUGCAGAGCCACCUCAGGCAGCUGGACAACCUCACUCGCUUCUGUGACAACAUCCUUGCAGCCCACUUCAGUGCGGAUAAGCCCUGUCCUCUUCCACCUGUUCAGGAAACAAUGGAUGCCAACCUGCAGAAACUAACACAGCUUGUAAACAAAGAGUCCAACUUGAUAGAAAAGAUGGAUGACAACCUUCGCAGCAGCCCACAGCACAAACCUCACAGACCAGACACCAAAGCCAGUCUGUCCAGUUCAAAGAGCUCUACCCCUGCCUAACGUCCGGCUCUAAAGCGCUGAUCCAGCUGCACGAAUCAAACCCUGGAACCAAGACGCCGUUGGCCUCAACCAAAGUCGACAUCCCGAAAAAAAGGGGAGGAAAAAGGCUCAUAAAACAGACCUGUGGCCGAAAUGGAAGAACUUUAUUAAUACAUGUUAGUAUAACUAUAAUUAAGAGACUAUUUUUCGAUAAGGAUGAUGGCUUUUAAAGAUGUCCGUCUGAAAAGGAGGAAACGUGCAUGUUGAGCUGCCUUUCCAAAUGAAGAGUGCAUGCAUGCGGUCAAGUCUAUGAAGUGGUGCUCGACGACGAAGACGAGAUGUUCAAAGGGACGCCAAAGGAGACGAGAAGUCCAGCGAGGAGCAUAAGUGGUGCAGGCUGCUCUGCUUUUAACUUUUUUUUUUACUGAUUUAAUUUAAAGGGACAUACAUAUACAUACUUCCUGUUCGAGUUGAUCUCUUACGGCCUAUCUUCGCUCUGCAGCUCUUGGUUGGAUGCUGAAAAUAUUUAACCUACUCUGUAAAAAUGCUUUAUUUACAAUGCAGGAUAUGUAUGCCCUGAGCACAAGAUCUUUUAUUUUUCACAUUAGCUGUAAGAUAUUCUGUAUUUUCUUUGUCGUAGUGAGUCUAAAGUCUAUGUAAUCAGG